AUGAGUGGCGAUACACGAGAUGUAAAGGAUUUUCAGUUCCAGCAACUUUGUAAAAUUCGACUUUUCAAGGCACCAAACAGCAUUGUUAAGCAGAGGACAGAGCUGUUGGCAAGUUCAAGCAAAUAUGGACUUUGUUUUGCAGGAUUUGAAAGAAAUCUGCUGGUCUUCAAGACUCAAGAGAUUUUGUCUCUUGAUGAAAAGAAAAAAAUGGAAAAGAGAAGUCAGUCCAUUAUUGAGAAUUUCCCUGUCCUCAAAAAUCUUACCCUUUCUGGUCAUGUACUUAACAUUGCUACGAGUUGUGAUGACCUGACUCUCCUGGUUGGUAUAGAAACAGCUACCAACAUCCAAUUGCUAUUCUUUGACAUCAGAGCCUUCUGCCUGCCAACUGAUUGCGGACCAUUUUUGGUGCAUCAUAUCGAAGCUGGAAAUCAAAUCACUGAUCUUGCAUGGAAUCCCACAACCCCUGAACUGCUUGCUCUGUGUUUGUCCAGUGGCAUCAUCAAGAUCCUCCAUGUUUCUACAGAAGCGAAAGUGGUUCAUCUUCCUGGCACCAAUGCUACUUGCUUGUGUUGGAGUCCAAAGGGUAAACAAGUGGUAAUUGGAACACAGCAAGGUGAAUUAAAACAGUACAGCCCUGCCCUGGAGCUGAAGAAAAAUUGGCCCUGCCCGAACAACCUUCAAACUCAAGUUAAAGUUCUUGAUGUUGUCUGGGUCUCAACAUAUAUGUUUAUUGCCGCAUAUGAAACGCCAGAUGCUGAUGACCAACCAAUCGUCCAGAUCGUCAAUGUGCCGAAAGAUGGUGGUCCAAGCUUUAUAAAUUUUCGCGACCCCUGUUAUGGUUCAAGUGAAGAACGACAUAAAAAGUAUUUCUUUCACCUGUUGCUCAAAUGGGACCUGGUUGUGUUGGCAUCCAGCAAUUCUUUGGAAGCUGCUGUUAUUGCGAAAAAUCUUGAAACAGAGAAAACCUGGGAACAUUGGAUGUUGGAGGACAGUGCUCGAGCUGAGGUGCCUUUGACAGAAGACAAAAGUGAUAGUUUCCCAAUGGGUGUCACAGUUGAUUUUUCUUCUUCACAACAAAUCCUUGUCAAUGAUAAUGAAAGCAUCGGUCCGUUUCCUCUGAUGCUGAUUCUCUCAACUGAUGGUGUCUUGGUUCCAUUCUACAUGGUCUAUCGACACAAAGCAGCUGUACCUUUGACUUGUAAUGUAGAAACGCUUAGCACUGCAGGAAUACGACAAUCGUUACCUGGACUCUCUGUUCCAUGUGGACCUUUACUUGUACCAGGUUCAAGUGUUGCUUCACCUUCCACUAUGACAACGGCAGUACAACCAACAACAUCUAUGCCAGAAGCUUUCCCAUCUUUGCAGUUUGAAGCGAAGAUUCUUAAUCCCGUUAGUCCUGCUGUCGCCACCUCACCUGCAAAACCGCAAAUAUCUGGAUUGCCUGCAGGUACGAAUUUAACAUUUGGUUCCAGCACAGCCCCUAGCAUCUUUGGAGGACAAGUUGCUUCUCCUCCUGAAUCUGUUGGGCAGCAAGCAUCCAAAUUUAAUUUUACUGGCCCUCCUCUUCAGGCCAAGGGUGCUAACGGAUCAGCAGCCACAGGCAUACUUGCUCCACCCAAAACAGAAUUCAAUUUUAUCCCUCCCCCAACAACUUCCAAUGUUGUCAGUACUGCCUCUGAAACAAAGAGUAUAUUUGGAGCUCCAUCCCAGCCACUGGUCAAGUUCAGCUUUGUUGGUUCUUCAGGUCAAAGCCUGGCUGGGUCGUCAACAGUGACUCAAGCUGCAGCAUCCACUGCAGGCUUUAAUUUUACUCCUGGAAGCAAGGGUUUUGGCUCCUUAUCCACUGGUACAGCAGUAACUACUACAACUCCCAGUGCAGCAUCUGUUAGUCUUGGCCAAGUUGUUCCUACCACAGCAGGUUUAAAGCCAUUUGGGGCUGCACUGACGUCUGAUAACAGUCAAAGCAACCAGCCGGUGCUUGGUGUUAGUGCAGCUGCCACUGCUGUAGGUAGCCAGGGAUUUGGGAUUGCGUCGGCACCUAAUUCAACAUUUAACUUCAAUUUUGCAAAACCACCUGCUACUCCAGUUGCCAAAGUCCCCGAAGCAAACAGUUUGGCAGGGACUGUGAAAACAGAGCCACCAGCACUUGCACCAUCAUCAACUGUUGCUAAAACAUCACCACUCUUCCAAUACCACCUUCUUCUUCCUUUUUUUAUCCUCUUCUUCCUUUUGGCACCCCCUUUUCUUCUCCUUCCUUUUAGUACUCACAUCUUCUCCUUCCUUUGUAAUUUUUCUUUUCUUUUUAAUAAAAUUUUUUUUUUUUUCUUUUUUUUUUCUUUUUCUCUUUUCUUUUUUUUUUUUUUUUUCUUGAUUUCUUUUUUUUUUUCUUUUUUUUUUUCUUCUUCUCUUUCUUUUUUUUCUUUUUUUUCUUUUCUUUUUUUUUUUUUUCUUUUUUCUCUCUUCUCUUUUUUCUUUUCUUUUUUUUCUCUUUUUCUUUUUUUUUUUUCUUUCUUUUUUUUUUUUUUUUCUUCUCUUUUUCUCUUUCAUUUUUUUUUCUUUUUUUUUUUUUCUUUUUCUCUUUUUUUUUCUUUUUUUCUCUUUUUCUUUCUCUUUUUCUCUCUUCUCUUCUCUUUUUUCUUCUCUUUUCUCUUUUUCUUUUUUUUUUUUCUUUUCUCUUUUUUUUUUCUUUUUUCUUUUUCUCUUUUUUUUUUUUUUUCUCUUCUUUAUUUUUUUUCUUUUCUUUCUUUUUUUCUUUCUUCUCUUUUCUUUUCCUCUCUUUUCUUUUUUUUUUCCUUUUUCUUUUUUGUUCUUUUUCUUCUUUCUAAUUUUUCUUUUUUCCAAAAAGGUUUUUUUUUUUCUUCUUUUUUCUUUUCUUUCUUUUUUUUAAAAUCCUCCUUCUCUUCCCUUUUCUUUUUUUUUUUCUUUUUCUCUCUUUUUCUUUUUUUUUUUUUUUUUCUUCUUUCUAAAUUUUUUUUCUCUUCUCUUCCACUUUUUUUUCCCUUCUUUUCUCUUUUUCUCUUCUUUUUUCUCUCUUUUUCUUUUCUUUUCUCUUCUUUUUCUCUCUUCUUUCUCUUUUCUUCUCUUCUUUUCUUUUUUUCUCUCUUCUCUUUUUUUUUCUCUUUUCUUUUCUUUCUUUUUUUUUUUUUCUCUUCUCUUCUCUCUUUUUCUUUUUCAUUUUUCUUUUCUUUCUUUUCUUUUUUUUUUCUCUCUUCUCUUUUCUCUCUUCUUUUUUUUUUUUCUCUCUCUCUCAUAUUUUUUCUCUCUAAAAAUCUGCCCGAUAAACUUAAAAUUUUUUUAGUUUAUAAUAAAUUUAGAAAUAUAACAAACUAUUUUGGAAUGAAUUUCACAGACUAA